CGGGUCUUGGGUGACUAUUCGAGUUUCUCUUCCACUCUUUACACAUUCAGCUGCGUAUUGUUGUUGUUACUGCACCUGUAAAUCUGCAGGUGUUGGCUUCGUGUUCGUUUCGUUAUGUAUCACCUGCCCGUGCUGAAGAACAGGCGCACACUGCUCGAGAGAGCGGAGAAAUUUAUCUCUGAGAUUUAUUUCACUGACUGCAACCUGAGGGGACGGCUUUAUGGAGACUCGUGUCCAUUGGAAUCCAUCGCCUCCUUCCUUUCCCCUGCACGGAUCCCAUUCACUGAAGCCUCCAAGCAGAACUUUGCACCUUAUAAAGUUGGUGAAACCUUUGGACCAACGUGGUGGACUAGCUGGUUUAAAGUGACCCUGGAAAUCCCUGCGGCCUGGAGAGGGAAAGAGGUCCAUCUUCUGUGGGAAAGUGAUGGGGAAGGAAUGGUGUGGAGAGAUGGACAGCCAGUUCAGGGCCUGACCAAGGAUGGGGAAAAGACAAGUUACAUCCUGUCAGAAUGUCUGAAGGAUGAGGAGCCCCACAGUCUCACCUUGUACGUGGAGGUGGCCUGUAAUGGUCUUUUUGGAGCUGGUCAAGGGUCCAUGAUUGCAGCUCCGGACCCAAAAAGGAAGUUCUCUGUACAGAGAGCCGAGCUGGUGAUAUUUAACAGGGAUGUGAGGCGGCUGCUCACGGAUUUCGAGAUGCUCGUGGACAUUGUAAAGGAACUCGGAGAGGGAGAGCAACGGGGCUACCAGGCACUCUUCACCGUCAAUGAGAUGGUGAACCUCUGUGACCCCUCUGAUCCAAGCUCUUUCCCCAGAGUGCACAGUCUGGCUCACAAAUUUUUCAGCCAGCGCAACGGAGAAAGCCAGCACACUGUGCACGCAAUGGGUCACUGCCACAUAGACUCAGCCUGGCUGUGGCCCUAUGAAGAGACUAUUCGCAAAUGUGGCCGAAGUUGGGUGACGGCGAUCGGUUUAAUGGAGAAGGACCCAGAGUUUGUCUUUACCUGCUCUCAGGCCCAGCAGUUCCAGUGGGUAAAGAGCUGGUACCCGGGACUCUUCUCUAAGAUUCAGCAUUACGUGAAGAAAGGCCAGUUCAUUCCAGUCGGAGGAGCGUGGGUGGAAAUGGAUGGCAACCUGCCUUCAGGUGAGUCCAUGGUCAGGCAGUUCCUGGAAGGCCAGCGUUUUUUUGACCGAGAGUUUGGGAUGUUCUGCAAAGAGUUCUGGCUUCCAGAUACGUUUGGCUACUCAGCCCAACUUCCUCAAAUAAUGCAGGGCUGUGGCAUUGCCAACUUUCUGACACAGAAGCUAAGCUGGAAUCUGGUCAACACCUUUCCUCAUAACACAUUUUUCUGGGAAGGUCUGGACGGCUCCAAGGUUUUGACCCACUUCCCACCUGGUAAUUCCUACGAAAUGAAAGGCAGGGUUGAAGAGCUGCUGAAAACCGUGAACAAUAACAAAGACAAGGGCAGAGCCAAUCACAGUGCAGCUCUGUUUGGAUUCGGGGACGGAGGGGGCGGACCCACCCAGCUGAUGCUAGACAGACUGCACCUUGUCCAGGAUACAGACGGCAUUCCUAGGAUCCGGAUGUCCAGCCCGGACAAGCUUUUCUCACAGCUUCAGGCUGACUCAGCUCUGCUGUGCACUUGGACUGGCGAGCUUUUCCUGGAGCUGCACAAUGGUACCUACACCACACAGGCAGAGAUUAAAAGGGGGAACCGCCAGUGUGAGGCGCUUCUUCAUGACAUCGAGAUAGCCAGCAGCUUGGCGCUGUGCAGAGACAGGACGUUUCUGUAUCCGGUAGAAAAACUGCAGGAGCUCUGGAGGCUGCUUCUUCUCAACCAGUUCCAUGAUGUGAUUCCUGGCAGCUGUAUAGAAAUGGUUGUGAAGGAUGCACUUAAAUAUUAUGAAGAUAUCCGUUGUGAUGGUGCUGCGCUGCUCCGCAAGGCAUGUGAGGUUUUGGGGUCGAGAGGCAGCUCCACCGGCGCGUUCAACACUCUGCCGUGGGAGCGCCAGGAAGUCGUCCAGAUUCAGGAUGGCGAUGACAAACCUCGUCUGGCUCUGGUGAGAGUUCCCAGCAUCGGUGUGUCUCCGAUCAAUGACGCACAGCCUGUGACUCCAGUCUCUGUCACUGCGCAGGCUGACGGCACCGUCCUCAUGGAGAACGGGAUUUUACAGACCGUCAUAAACAAAGAUGGCACCCUGGCAUCGCUGCAUUUGCUCAGUGCAAACAGAGAGUCCAUCUCUGACGGCUGUUGCGGGAACCAGUUUGUCAUGUUUGAUGAUGUCCCUUUGUACUGGGACGCUUGGGACGUGAUGGACUAUCACCUUCAGACGAGGAAGCCAGUGGUGGAGGUGCUGCAGCCUGCCCAUGUGGUGUCCACUGGCGGGCUUCGGGGCAGCGUCAGCGUCACCCUCAGGGUCAGUGAUAAAAGCGUCAUCACGCAGGAGAUUGUCAUGGAUGCCAUGUGUCCUUACGUCAAGUUCAACACAGAGGUGCAGUGGGAAGAGUCGCACAAAUUUCUCAAAGUUGAAUUUCCUGUGCGCGUACGCAGCCCUAACGCUACGUACGAGAUCCAGUUUGGCCAUCUACAGAGGCCGACGCACAUGAACACGUCAUGGGACUGGGCCAGAUUUGAGGUUUGGGGCCACAAAUGGGCUGACUUGUCUGAACACAACUUCGGAGUGGCGCUGCUGAAUGACUGCAAAUACGGCUAUUCAAUUCACAAGAACACAAUGACUCUGUCUCUACUGAGAGCGCCCAAGGCCCCAGACGCCACUGCGGACAUGGGGACUCAUCGUUUCGCAUACGCAGUCAUGCCACACACGGGAUCUUUCCAAGAUGCGUCUGUCAUUCGGUGCGCAUACAACCUCAAUUUCCCUCUGAGGUUAAUCCAGUGCAGUCCUGACCUCGAGCCCUGGAGCGCCUUUUCUGUCGGCGCUCAGUCAGUCGUACUUGAGACAGUCAAACAGGCCGAGGAUGUGAAAGGCACGCUUGUCGUUCGGCUCUACGAGUCCCAUGGAAGCAGCGUGACCACGACUCUGAGCACCUUCCUUCCGAUCAGAGAGGCUUGGCAUUGCGAUCUCCUGGAGAGGCGAGACGCCGGCCGACCAGUGCACCUCACGGCAGGGGGAAUCACGCUGACUUUCAGUCCCUUCCAAAUUGUGUCACUUUUGCUUAUCUUGUGAUCACAUGCAGGCUUGCACGUCUCAAGGAAGUGUCCGGUUCAACGUCGUAUUUAAACACACAAUGUUGGACAUCCGGAGUUUCUUAGAACACUUAGAAUAGAAAAAUACUGUGACUACUUUAUAAUGGAUCAAUAAACACAUUUGUACAACAGCUUCA